AUGAAGCUCAAAGUCGCCUUGAUUUUUUUGUUUGCUUGCACGUGCAAUUUUGUCUCUUUGAAAGCUCUGAGGGAAGAGGAGAUGAUGAAGUUGUCCCUCAAUCAUUAUACUUUAAUGUGGGUCAACACUUUAACUGAAUAUAUUUUGAGCAACGAGAGAUAUAAGCGUGACCAAACCAAAGCCGAGGACUUUUUGCUGCGCCGAGGAUACAUACUGUCGCAGUUCAAAAAAUUCCGACGAGUUGGUCGAGCCAAAAGUUACUUCGCAAGAAAUGACGUUUACAAAAACACGUUGAGAAGACGAAGCCUGCCACCGCCUAUCAAGCUUGAUUUGAGAAACGAUGUGCAAAUUACUAAUAUUUAG